UCAGCGAGAGGAACUGAAACACCGGCGAGCCAGAACCUAAUUUUCUCUGUAUCUGCGGAUCCGCUGGACAAAGCGAAGGGUUUUCAUGCUCUUCAGACCGCACAUAAACAUCACAGCUUGGUGGAGGUAUGACAUUAACCAGGGGCUCCUUCACUUAUUCCAGUGGAGAAGAAUAUACCGGAGAAUGGAAGGAAGGUCGGAGGCACGGUAAAGGCGAGCUGAAGUUUGCUGAUGGCACCUGUUAUAAAGGUCACUUUGAGAACGGCUUGUUCCACGGAUCAGGGGUGUUAGUCUUUCCUGAUGGAUCCAGGUAUGAGGGAGAAUUCGCUCAAGGAAAAUUUCAAGGAGUCGGAAUCUUCAGCCGAUUUGAUGGGAUGAAAUUUGAAGGGGAAUUCAAAAGCGGCCGCGUAGAGGGACAUGGGCUGCUGACAUUUCCUGAUGGCUCCCAUGGUGCUCCGCGAAACGAGGGAGUUUUUGAAAACAACAAGCUCCUGAAACGGGAAAAGUGUCAGGCUGUGGUGCAGAGAGCCAAAAACUCAGCGUCCACCGCCCGCGGCCUCUCAGUAUGACAAACUGACCUCAGUGAGAGCACCCCGAUGAAACUGCGCCUUUUAGACAUUACGGACUGUAUCGUCAUGAGGAAAGAGAGUAAAGCUGAUUCAGGGGUGAUUUCUGCCUUCACCAGAUAAUACACCAGGCCCAUCAGACCCUCAGGGACGGAUGAACGCGUUUCCAUUUCUCACGUCUCCACUUCACUCGUGCUGUCGCUCUGCCUUGGUUUCCUCUGUGGCUUAAAAGACAUCACAAAGUUAUGUAUGUUUGCUAUGGAGACAAGGGUUAAAAAAAAGAAAAAAGCCAACAUUGGACAACACAGGCUCAUUGGAGAUACGUGCACAGGGCUACAUUUUUGGGAACCUCAAAAUAUGUGCCCAGGGCUUUAUCUGUUAGCAGUUGUUUAGAGCAGUGUUUCCCCAACCCUGUUCCUGAUGGUGCUUCAACAGUACAAUCUAUGGAUGUCUCCCUUAUCAAACCCAUUAACUUUGGAGUCUCCUCUAAUGCUCUAAUGAGUCGAUUCAGCUGUGUUUGAUUAGGUAAAGGUUGAAAAUGUGUACUGUUGGUGUGCCUUCAGGAACGAGGUUGGGAAACACUGCACUAGAGGAUGCUGUGCAUAUUUUUGACAAUCUCAAAUACUUUAAUGGGCAACGUGUUCUACUCAUUGAUCCACUAGGGGGCGUAGUGUACAUUUCUGUGAAUCUCAAUGUCCUACUUGCGCAUGUUCGUUAAAGCAGUGGUCCUUAACCACCCGGCCGCGGACUGGUACCAGUGCGUAGAUCAAAUCCGGGCAGCACAAGAAAUCGUUAAUUAUUUCCGUGUUAUUUAUUAUCUGAGUCUGAAUGAUCUUUUAUUAUAAAAAAUCUUUUAUUUUGAAAAAUUACCGUAUUCUCUUGCUUUCAUCUCGGUCACAUAUGCGCCCAAAUUUAGCCCACAAGCAGUAAAUUGAGUAAGAAACAGACGUCUUUGGAAAGUUUCUUUGCAAAGGGGAAAAGGCCCAGUGAAGGACCCGUGAAUUGCUGGGUUAGUUUCAUAUCUUGUCUUUUCUAGAGUUCGCACCGUGAGUCAGGUGACAAGAACUGACUGAUCAGCUUCACCUUGAAUGGAAUAAACACAUUUCACUUGACUAAUUACCUCAGACAAACACAGAACUCCCAAACACUGCAGUGCUUUUUAAUUUUCUCCAUCAGUAAAACAUGUGUCAGAGUGACAGCAAUGUUUUGUCAGCUUGUCAUUCUCUGAAAAAAACGAUUGAUGGUCGUCUAGCAACCUAUGACCCCCCCGGUCCGUGGUAUUAUUGUCAAGCAUUGACCAGUCCGCAGUAAUAAAAAGGUUGGGGACCACUGUGUUAGAGAACCCGUCGACUUGUUGUGAUUUCAUAUAUCAGCUUGCUAUCGACUGACCCACCGACCACCUUCCCUAAACCCAAACAAUAGUGUUUUCAAAAACAAAAUCCAAGAGAAAAGCUGUCGCGGCCACAUGCUCUUACCACACUGUUUUUUAUUUUAUUUUAUUGGGGGUGGAGGGUUGUUUUACCUGGUUUCUGGGACCAUUCUUUGCCAUACGCGAACCCUGGACCACUUUGCGUCUUCAGUCCGACUCCAUAUGAGGUGAGCUACAGAGCAAAAUUUAUACUUUCGCCUGGGCUCACAGCGUGAGCCUCUGCUGACUGGGUGCGCACAGACGAGAAAUGUGAAGGCUUUUAUACUUGAUGCGCUCUUUGUUAAACUAUCAUUUGUAACAACAGGGGGCGACUCUGAGUAAGGCCGCGGUCACACUGGAGUUUGUGCUUGCGAAAUUCUGUCGUACAGCCCUGCAAAAAGGAGCGGGAUAAAACAAUAUGAUUAGACGAUAAGUGAGCGAUU